UUUAAUAUUUCAGGCGUGACGAGUUUAAUUAUACCAGAGGAGGUUCCUACCAUUCUAUCUCUAGUGUACUCGAAUAUUCCUCCAAUUAAAAAAGGGACGGAUUCGAGACUCGGUGUUGGAUUUAGUCUCGGGGAACAUGCUGAUUUCCAAAUUGUCGUAGAGCUCGGCCCGCAAACUGAAACGGAAGCGAUUGGAAAUUCAAGCAAUGAUUCAAAGAGAAGGAGAGCUAUCAUUUUGGACGCAGCAAUGAGAGGAGAAAUGGGUCCAUAUGCUCAGGCUGUAGCAAAAUACCAGAUGCAACGUAAGUUAGAAAAAGAAUUCACCAAGUUAAUGGAGAUAAAGAAAAAUUACGACAACGAGAAAAAAAAUUACAAAGGAAACGAGAAAAAGAGUGAGGCAAGUAAUUGGCUCUCCAACUGGAGUAAGGGAUUGGGAGAAUCUGAAUUCGCACAAAUACCUGAGAAACAAAAUUUACCAAAUAUUGCAAGACUAAGAGUAGUCGAGAAUAGGACAAACAAAAAACCUGAAUCUGUCAAUCAUAAAGAUACAGAAGCUGUCAUGCAAGAGUUUAGUAAAUUAUACGAAACACAAAAAAAUGCUGAACAGCCACAGCAACAAGAAAGGAUUGCAAAACAAUUAGAACUUAAAAACUCAACUGUAACUUGAGAGAUUGUAGCCUUCUAAAAAUAUUGAAAUUUCUCAAUAGUUCAAAUAUUUAAAAAAAAAAAAAAAUUAGACCGACUCGUA